CGCCUCGCCCGCUCGAUGGAGGAGUCCGGCUCCAGCCCCGACGACGCCGUGCUCUUCUUCGGGGUCGCCCUCGUGCUCGGCAUCGGCUCCCGCCACCUCCUCCGCGGCACCCGCGUCCCCUACACCGUCGCGCUACUCGUCCUCGGCGUCGCCCUCGGUGGGCUCGAGUACGGGACCAAGCACGGCCUAGGCAAGCUCGGAGCUGGCAUCCGUAUAUGGGCUGGCAUUAAUCCUGAUCUUCUCUUGGCGGUUUUCCUCCCCGCCCUUCUCUUCGAGAGCUCAUUCUCGAUGGAAGUACACCAGAUAAAGAAAUGCAUGGCCCAGAUGGUGUUACUGGCUGUUCCAGGUGUGGUGAUCUCAACGGUUCUGCUUGGAACUGCUGUAAAGCUUACUUUUCCAUACGACUGGAACUGGAAAACAUCCUUCUUGUUUAGUGGACUGCUUAGUGCGACCGAUCCUGUCGCUGUGGUUGCACUCCUAAAAGACCUCGGAGCGAGUAAAAAGCUCAGCACAAUAAUUGAAGGAGAAUCUUUAAUGAAUGACGGGACUGCUAUUGUCGUCUAUCAGUUAUUCUAUCGAAUGGUGCUCGGGACAACUUUCGAUGCAGGGUCCAUAAUAAAGUUCUUGUCAGAAGUUUCACUUGGAGCUGUUGCUUUGGGCCUUGCGUUUGGAAUCGCAUCAGUACUAUGGCUGGGCUUUAUUUUCAAUGAUACGAUCAUAGAGAUUUCACUUACUCUCGCUGUCAGCUAUAUUGCUUUCUUCACUGCGCAAGAUGCAUUGGAGGUCUCUGGUGUUUUGGCCGUCAUGACCUUGGGGAUGUUCUAUGCUGCUUUUGCAAAAACUGCUUUUAAGGGAGACAGCCAAGAAAGUUUACAUCAUUUCUGGGAAAUGAUUGCUUACAUUGCAAACACACUUAUUUUCAUACUGAGCGGGGUUGUUAUUGCAGAUGGUGUACUACAGGAUAAUAUCCAUUUUGAGAGACAUGGCGCUUCCUGGGGGUUCCUUCUUCUGCUCUAUGUGUUUGUGCAACUAUCGCGGGCUGUAGUUGUCAUUGUUUUGUAUCCAUUGUUGCGUCACUUUGGGUAUGGUAUGGACAUCAAAGAAGCCACAGUUCUUGUUUGGUCAGGGCUGCGAGGGGCUGUUGCUCUAUCACUCUCUCUGUCUGUUAAACGUGCUAGUGAUGCAGUUCAACUUUAUCUGAAACCAGAAGUCGGAACAAUGUUUGUGUUCUUCACUGGUGGCAUCGUCUUUCUGACAUUGAUUGUGAAUGGUUCUACGACACAAUUUUUGUUGCACCUACUUGGUCUGGGGAAACUUUCAGCAACGAAGCUUCGUGUAUUGAAGUAUACAAGAUAUGAAAUGCUAAACAAGGCAUUAGAGGCUUUUGGUGAUCUCAGGGAUGAUGAGGAACUUGGGCCUGCUGAUUGGAUUACUGUGAAGAAAUAUAUCACAUGUUUGAAUAACUUGGAAGAUGAACAAGCACAUCCUCAUGAUGUUCCUGACAAAGAUGAAAGCGUGCAUACCAUGAAUUUGAAGGAUACUCGAGUGCGCCUUUUGAAUGGUGUACAAGCUGCUUACUGGGGAAUGCUUGAAGAGGGACGGAUAACUCAAUCCACAGCAAAUAUUUUAAUGAGAUCAGUUGAUGAAGCUAUGGAUCUUGUUUCUGGCCAAUCAUUAUGCGAUUGGAAGGGUUUGCGGUCCAAUGUUCAUUUCCCGAAUUACUAUAGGUUCCUUCAGAUGAGCAGAUUGCCACGAAGACUUGUUACAUACUUCACAGUAGAAAGAUUGCAGUUAGGAUGUUACAUCUGUGCUGCAUUUCUUCGUGCUCAUCGAAUUGCAAGGAGACAACUACAUGAUUUUCUUGGUGAUAGUGAGGUUGCAAGAAUUGUCGUUGAUGAAAGUACUGCUGCGGGGGAGGAAGCUAAAAAAUUUCUGGAAGAUGUCCGUGUUACAUUCCCUCAGGUGCUCCGUGCAUUAAAGACUCGACAAGUAACAUAUGCAGUAUUGACACACCUGAGCGAGUAUAUUCAAGACCUUGGAAAGACUGGGUUGCUUGAGGAAAAGGAAAUGGCCCAUCUCGAUGAUGCUUUGCAGACAGACUUGAAGAAGCUUAAAAGGAAUCCACCACUGGUGAAAAUGCCAAGAGUUAGCGAACUUUUGAACACUCAUCCUUUAGUUGGUGCACUGCCUGCUGCUGUUCGUGAUCCGUUGUUAAGUAAUACAAAAGAAACAAUAAAAGUACACGGAACAGUCCUUUAUACGGAAGGCUCCAGGCCGACUGGUAUAUGGCUUGUUUCGACUGGAAUAGUAAAGUGGACAAGUCAGAGACUAAGCACCAGACAUUCAUUGGAUCCAAUUUUCUCACAUGGGAGCACGUUGGGUCUAUAUGAGGCUUUAGUUGGAAAGCCUUAUAUUUGUGACAUUAUUACAGAAUCGGUGGUGCAUUGUUUCUUCAUUGAAGCAGAAAAAAUUGAACAAUUGCGCCAGUCUGAUCCCUCCAUUGAGGAUUUUAUGUGGCAGGAAAGUGCUCUAGUCAUUGCGAGGAUUUUUCUCCCUCAGAUAUUUGAGAAAAUGGCAAUGCAUGAGAUGAGGGUUCUCAUUUCUGAAAGAUCUAUGUUGAACAUCUACAUUAAGGGGGAAGACAUUGAACUCGGUCAUAAUUACGUAGGCAUCUUACUAGAAGGAUUUCUGAAGAUGAACAACCAUUUGAUCACACCUCCAGCCGUGCUGCUGCCGUCAAACACUGAUUUGAAUGUAUUUGGCCUGCAGUCUUCAGUCAUGAACCAUAUAGACUAUUGCUAUACUGCAACCAGUUAUCAGGUGGAAGCCAGAGCGAGGGCUAUCUUAUUUGAAAUACGGAGGCCAGAGGCAGAGAGCGAUCUGCAAAGAAGUGCAUCGUUGCUGUCUCCAACCCUCGGGCCAUCACGAACGCAGAGCAAAGAGCAUGUCGGUCUGGUAAGGUGGCCGGAGAGUUUCCGGAGGUCCAGAGGGCCUGGAAACCCAAGCUUGGUUGAUAUCGGAAGCCAGAGCUUCUCUGCUAGAGCCCUGCAAGUCAGCAUGUAUGGCAGCAUGAUGGAUGAUAUGCACCCUGCUCAGCGUCGACAAAGGCCUCAUCCUGUGAAAGCAAACCAGGAGCACAGCGCGUCCUAUCCAAAGGUGCCUUCAAGGGCGAUGUCCAACUCGCGGCCUCUGCUAUCCGUGCAGUCAGAGGGUUCCAAUCUGAUGAACAGAAAGUCUGCUCCUGCUCCUGCCAUUGCUCCUUUUCCGCCCCGCCGGCAACGCAGGGCCAUAGCGGAAGAAGACAACUCAAGCGACGAGUCCGUGGAGGAAGAGAUUAUUGUUAGAGUGGACUCUCCCAGCAUGCUCACUUUCCAUCCGCCGUCACAAGGCAACUGAUGGAUGCGGCCUGUACCUGUUGCAUAAUAUUUUUUUUUGGUUAGUUUCUGGUUGUUUAUCAUGUAUACCACGUAAUUUGUUGCGUAAUAGUUGUUGUGAACAUUGGCACCACGCUGUAUGUGUAUAUCGCUACAUGUUCAAAAUGUACAAUAAUAGGUUCAAUAAGAAAACCAACCGAGAUCAUUUGGUAAUGAAAUUAUAUAUUCCUUUUA